GAUUAAAAACAAAACAGAGUUUUUGAGAUCCUCCAUGGCAGAAGUGAUCCUCCAUGUUUACGACAUGACCAAAAGUGACGGGUACGACGCAGUCAAUUUCGGUGUAGUCCAAAUGAACAGGCUACUCAAAGACACCAUCUAUUUCGGCGGCAUCUUCCACAUUGCAGUCCAAGUUUACGACAACGUUGAAUGGGCCUACGGGUCUUGUGAGAAAGGCAGCGGGGUUUUCAGUUGCCCCGCUACCAAAAACCCCAAUUACACGCAUCGCGAAAAGAUUGUAUUGGGCAGAACAGAGUGCUCUGCCCACAAAGUCAAUCAGAUCUUAAAAGAUCUUCGCGAUGCGUGGCCUGGUAACAAAUACAAUAUGGUCUCUAGGAACUCAAAGCAUUUCUGUGACGAGUUCCUUGAGAAAUUAGGCGUCCCAAAACUACCGAAUUGGGCUAACAGAUUUGCUAACAUUGGUGAUAUUGCAAAGGAAGCAGCAGGGACAGUAGUUAAAGCUAAAGAUAAAGCGUCUAAACUUGUGUUUCAUCCGGUUGAUUUUGCUGUCAACAUGACCACUGUUAAUAAAAACUCAAAAGCAAUAUAUAGCCCUAGUGAGUUUAGGUUCCGCUUUGAUUUUGCUGUUAAGAAUUUUAAGGUCGCUGCACCGGUUAUCCGCUCCGAUCGAUGAAAAGCCAUGUGUACGAUUCAUGCUCAAUCAAUUAACACUACCAUAAGAAAAAGAAGAAUCUAAGAUGUAAACCUUGUAGUUUUCUAAGUUUGGUUUGUCUCAAAAUAAUGUAUUUUGUAUGGUUUGUAUUUAGCUAAA